AUGGCGCCGAGCGAUGGGGGCGGCACGGGAGAUCCUGCUCUGGCCGAGCUUGAGUGGGCAAUCCACGCCAAGAAACACGCACGGUCGCGCCUUGCGUUCAAAGUGUUUGUGAAGAUCAUCGACCAGGAUGACGGAACUCGCGACGACAUUGUGUACCAAGCCUACGUGCAGAAGUUCCAGCUCGAAAUGGAUUUCUUGACGUUUCCAGCUGCCCGGGCGACGGCGACGCAGAUGCUGACGCGCUUUCACGGCGCGCACGAGCCAUACUUGCUCAAAGCACGGGCCGAAGGCAAAAUGUACAAGCUCGACGAAGCAUUCUUGUCAGCGUUUGUCGGGCUCGGGUAUUGCCCGAUCCGUACGGCCCUCAUCAGCGAUUUGAACUCGACACGGCGCAAGCUGUGCCGUUCUCUGGCGACGUCCCGACGGGCGAAGGACGACUUGAUGGAGCCGUUGCCCCCAUACCCCUCAAACGUCGUGAACGUCCCCGACUGCUUUGUCAAGGCCCACGGCCAACGCACCGUGCCGUCUCGGUGCUUGAACCAUGCACUCAAACGUCGCUCAUUCUUCCAUCGUCUUAGCUUUGAACUGUGCGACGGUGUUUCUCACGACCAGCUUGCCCGCGUUGUGGGGGUCGAACCCGCGCCAGCCCAAUUGUUGCUGGGGCGGAAUCUCCAUCUCGAUGAGUCGUUGACGCAGUCGGCAGCGCUCGCGCCUCGGCUGUCCAAUUUGGCAACGUUGUGCAUGUCGACGGCCUUUCUUCGAGGAUUUUACGAGCCCACGUCGAGUGAUCGCACGUCGCUCUUUGACCGUGACUGCGGCAUCAUCCUCAGCCGCGCUGUUCGAAAGCUCGAGUCGGUCCCGGUCGUCCCUCGGUCUGGUAAGGAGAGCUGGUUUAUCUUUGGAUGCCUCAACUGCGUGCGACUUGCGCCAGUGUUUGUCUUUGACGUGGACGACACCGCCGUGACGAGCUACUGGUACAUGAAAGAGCGGUCGUUCCAGGCGAUCCCGGCGACCGAAUUCUACUACUACGCGCGGUACCAUGCGCCACCGAUCCCGCUCCUGUUCAAGUUUUACACGUACUUGCAAUGGAAAGGCAUCAAGGUGCACACGGCGCACGACGACGUGUGCAGGUCCAUCGUCGAGACCUGAUGGAGCGUUGGGUUGUAGAUCAUGUUCUUGACAGAGCGGCCUGAGGUUGUGCGCGACCACACGCUGGCCAUGCUGCAUGCUGCGGGGUACUCGAUCGACACGUCGCAGUACGUGAAGCACGCGGUCGCUGGAUGCACCAACGCAGACUUGCCACCUAGAUUGAUCAUGCGCGCGCCGUGCGAGCAGAUGCUGUCCGUGGCCGUCCUCAAGCAAACAAUGCGCAGGAAGCUCCAUCGCGACAACCACAUCAUCGUCGGGUGCAUCGGCGACCAAUUCUGCGACAUUACAGGCGAGUUGACGGGGUCGCCGUUCAAGAUUCCCAACUACAUGUACCAAAUGGAGUAGUGCAAGUGUCGUCGAGAGAGUUGAACUUGGCGCCGUCGAUGGAAAACCUCCAGCGCACACUGCUCGACAUGGUGUCGGCGCGGCGCAUGCCUGGUUCCCAGGCAGUAUAGUCCCUACCUCUUCUUUGUCCAUUGACCGAGCAUGGAUGGCGACUACAGAGUCCAACCAUCAGAGAAGGGACGCUCCCGACUUCGUGACCUUUCUGUCUCGACAGUUCGUC